ACAGACACACACAACCACACUCACACUUCCCUAGGGCGGAAGUCACAUUCUCAGUUCUGUCUUCCCUUCCGUUGUAGCACAACUACACCUUUCAGUCAGACAGCACAUCCAAAGGUGAUGUCUGGUCAUUCGGAGCAGAAAGCAGAUGAGCAGGGUACCCCUGACUUCCUGGGGCUUUCAGGGGCCGAAACUGAUCGCUAUGGAUUCCUGCUGGGCAAUGGAGAUACACAAAGUCACAGUGAUGAACCUUGCCCUCAGUUGGUGAGACACCGUGAAAUGAAAUGGCUCGGCCUUAUGAACCAGUGGGAUCAGGUGCUCGAGAAGAAGAACAGUAAGAUCAAAGGACAGUGUCAGAAGGGCAUUCCAGCAUCCGUCAGGGCCAAGUGCUGGCCACUACUCUGUGGAGCUACACACAGGAAGGAAAAGAACCAAGAGCUCUACAAGACUCUGGACUCGGCCCCUGGUCAGCAGAGUUGGAUUGAUGUGAUUAAGAGAGACACAGACAGGCAGUUUCCCUUCCACGAGAUGUUCCUGAACAAAGACAGCCAUGGUCAGCAGGGCCUGUUACGGGUUCUGAAGGCGUACACUCAGUUUCGGCCAGAGGAGGGCUACUGUCAGGCCCAGGGCCCCGUCGCAGCCGUGCUACUGAUGAACAUGCCCAUGGAGGAGGCAUUCUGGUGUUUGGUGCAGAUCAGUGAACUCUACCUCCCUGGCUACUACAGCCCCCUGCUGGAAGGAGUAUUGUUUGAUGCCGCCGUUCUCUCAAGUGUUUUGAAAAGGACGUGUCCUGCUGCAUACAAACACCUGCAUAGUCAGGGGGUGGAGCCUCUCAUGUUUGCUACUGAUUGGUUGAUGUGCCUAUAUAGUCGCCACCUUCCCUUCAACACAUUACUCAGAGUCUGGGACCUUUUCUUCUGCUAUGGUGUGCGCGUGCUGUUUCAGGUCGCUGUAGUGCUGGUCCGGCGCUGUCUGGGCGAGGCUCGGCAGCGAAAGGAAUGCGAGGGCCAGAUGGAGACCCUGGAGCAAUUGCGGGGUGUGAGGGGACGCGUCCAACAUGAACCUGCUGAUGCCUUCAUUCAAGAGGUGUGUUCUGUUCCUCUGUCCUUGGGAGAGCUCCAGAGACGAACAGAGAAAGAGUUAGUGAAAUGGAGGAAAGAGCGGCCGGGCUCUACCUUUGACCCUCGGCAUCGCUGCCACGGAUACCACAUGGUCUGGGAGAAAUGGAAGGAAAAGGAAAAGGAGAAUGAGAAGAAGGAGAGACAGAGCGGGAACCUGACCGUGCCCCUGAUGCGCUCGCACUCGUCCCUGUCUCCUGCGAUUCUUCGGAAAAAAUGGAGGAAGAGAGGGAGUAAAGCGGACGCGGAGGAGUGGGAGGGAGGGGGAAGGAGGUUCUCACAGGGAGUAAAAGAGGAGAGCAGUGAUGGAGAGGAGAGGAGGAGGAGUGUGUGCAGUGCGGCUGGAGAGUUUAGAUUCAAGACGGACAGCAUGACACGCGAGACUGGCACGCGGUUCAAGAAAGAUUGCAACAACGUUGCACAGCAUGGAAACCUGGACACGUGGUCCAGCUCUGAACUGUCAGAUCACAGUGCGCCUGUGUUUGAGGAAGAGGAGAAUGACCCACCAGAAAAUGUGAUGGAUUGCGAUAGACAUGAUCAGCCAACGGCAUCAGAAAAGGAUUUACAAACAGAAAGGAGUCGAGAGGAAACCGAAACACAAACAGCUACUCCUCAGUCACAGGACAGCAUACAGACACAGCAAGACAAAGAAAAAGAAGGACCCUCGAUAGACAGCAACAAACAGGACAAGGAGGCGCUAUCACAUCCAGAGGAAAACGAAACACCACAGGUGGAGGAACCACAAACUUCUCAGCAAGAAGACGAAACACACAUCACGAUAGAUCAACACAAGGAGGAAACCCAGAUAAACAGCAGCGACCAGGAAGAUCAAGUGGAAGUGAAAAUCAGUGAACAGGAAGGGGCGUUACAGGUGAACAGUCCUCAGGCAGCAGAAAUGGAAGAAAACAGAAACAUACCAGAAGAGGAAACUGACAUUAAUAGAAGUCAUCAAGAAAAGGAAAUAAGGCUGAAUGUGGAAUCACAGGUGAGCUGCACUCAGCAGGCAGCAGAAACUGAGGGAAAUGGUAAAUUAGAAGAAGAGGAAAUAGAGGUCAAUAGAUGUAAACAGGAACAGGAAAUACAGAUAAACAUAAAUGAACAGCAGGAUGAAAUACAGAAGGAUGCCAGUGAACAGGAAAAGGAAACAGAGAUACAUAGAAAAGAACAGAAUGAGGAAAUACACCUAGGCAGCGGUAAACAAGGAGAGGAAAUACACAUAGACAGCUGUGAACAAGAAGAGAGAACACACCAGGACAGUGGUAAACAAGAAGAGGAAAUACACCUGGACAGUGGUAAACAAGAAGAGGAAAUACACCUGGACAGUGGUAAACAAGAAGAGGAAACACUCCAGGACAGUGGUAAACAAGAAGAGGAAACACUCCAGGACAGUGGUAAACAAGAAGAGGAAACACUCCAGGACAGUGGUAAACAAGAAGAGGAAAUACACCUGGACAGUGGUAAACAAGAAGAGGAAACACACCUGGACAGUGGUAAACAAGAAGAGGAAACACACCUGGACAGUGGUAAACAAGAUGAGGAAACACACCUGGACAGUGGUAAACAAGAAGAGGAAACACACCUGGACAGUGGUAAACAAGAAGAGGAAACACACCUGGACAGUGGUAAACAAGAUGAGGAAACACACCUGGACAGUGGUAAACAAGAAGAGAGAACACACCUGGACAGUGGUAAACAAGAAGAGGAAACACUCCAGGACAGUGGUAAACAAGAAGAGGAAAUACACCUGGACACCUGUAAACAGAAUGUGAAAAUACAUCUGGACAGCAUUAAACAGGAAGAGGAAAGAGACAUAGACAACAAAAUACAGGAAGAGCAAAUUCAUCUAAACAGCAGUAAACAAGAUGAGGAAACAGAGAUUCAUAGCAUAAACCAGGAAGAGGAAGUACACCUAAAAGAGGUGACAGAGCUGGGCAGCCAUGGUCAGGAAGUGCUGAAAAGCAAUGAGCAAGAAAAGGAAAGUCAGGUAAACAGCAGUGAACAGGAAGAGGAUGUGCAUACCACAAGCAAGCAAGAAGACUGUCAAGCCACAAGCAGCAAUGAGGAAGAAAAAACCCCAAAAUGUCUCACACUUGAACUAGACGCACCUGAAGAAGAGCAGAAAAAUCAAGAUGCUGAAGAAGCAAAUACAGGGCAGCAAGUCCUGGAGACACAAACGUCUGAAGAGCAAGAGAACCUGCCUUUACAAACUCAGGACGAAGAUAUUCAAAAGGAAGAGAUGGGGCUGGAAAGCAAGAAGGAGGAUGAAGAGAUUCGGCAAGAGCAGGUCGCUGAAAGUGAGCUUUCCAAGGAGACGGAGAAGGACGUAGAGAUAACUGACAAACCAGGGGAGUCUGAGGAACCGAGUGAGGAAGCAGUCAUUGCUGAGGAAGAGAUAGUGGAUGAAGGAAAGAAUGAGGACAGAAAUAGCAACCAUCAGUCAGCAGAGAACGAAGAGACGUUACAAACAGUGGAAAUGGACCAUUCUGGAACAGCAGAGUCUUCUCAGGUGGUGGGAUGUCCUCCUCAGACAGAUAAUGUCUCAGACGUGGAAGCUGGUCACACAGUAGAUGAAGAUACGUCACAUACAGUGUCAGCAUCAUCUUCAACCUUCAUACAUGUUCAACAAGAGACAGAACUUGAACCUUCUGGAACCCCAGAGUCUUCUCAGGUGGUGGAACCUUCCCCACAGGUGGAAAACUUGGAGGUUAAGACAGUUCCUGAGGUCCAACCCGGCAUCCCUGAGCACUGUGAAGUUAGCACAACUGGCAACCCUGAACCUCAGCAGCCAGCUGACAUUACAGUGGCUGGAGACAUGCAAAUGCAAAAUGACCCUGUUUCAGAUCAAUCGCAGUCAGCAACCCCAGCAAACCUUCCAAAACCUGCAUCCUCAAACCCUCACCCUCUUCUCCGCCUACGCAGGUCCUCUAGCUCUCACACCUCCUAUCCCACAAUCCUCUCCGAGGACACCUUCAGGGACCCACACCAAAGUGAUGAGCAGGACAACAGCACACACACAGAAACUUCAAAGGCAGACAAUGUGACGUCUACAAAAGACCUCCCGCAGCAAGCGCAGACACCAGAAGCAGCUGCAGCGAAAGAUACACACCAGAGCAAAACUCACACUCUUCCACAGCAAGGCAAACCCAAGCGCAGGGGUCUGUUCCAGCGCUUCAGAGGCGAGACACCUCCCAAAUCCCCCGUCCCGAAAAUCCUCAUCCAGGACUUCAGCGAGGGCGAGGAGAAGCUGAGCUCUAAAGAGAGGAGGCGGCGGCGGAGGGAGAAGGAGCGGAAAGAGAAGGAAGAGGAGAAGGAGAGGAAGAAAAGGGAGAAAGAACUGGAAAAGGAGAAGGAGAAAGAGAGGAAAAAGCCUCAGACAAGAGGGAAGAGCUUCCAGGUGCUCAGCAAGAAGAGUGACGAUAGUGACGCUGGGCAGGGAAGCAGUGGUUCUCAGACACUGAGGUCUAAAAGGAACUCUGCACCACACUCAGAAAGUUACUUCUGACUGAAGAACGCAAUGAAAUUUUAUCUUUCACUCUCAAACACAGCGCUACCAAAAAGCUCUUGAUUACAGAGAUGUGGCUGUAAAUCUUUAAUGACAGCUCAGUGCAAUGAUCUGGGGGUGACGUGUUGGUUUCAUCACUGAUCCAGCUUUUAAAAAACAUUAGCAGUUUCAAACGUUUCAAAGAACAAUAAAAAGGCAAGAUUAGAUUUCCACACAGAUGGUUAAGUCUCUGUUUGUAGAGGCUUUGGAAGAUUCUGUCCCCGUUAUACAAACGUUCUUUUUCCAUUAUCUAUUGUAAAUGGUCCUUCCCUCUUUUCUUGCGACUGUAACAUAUCCUUUCCGCGUGCAUUUCUACCGGCCGUCAUGAUCAUUCCUCCUGUCUCUCGUCCUCGCUGUCGCUUGCGAGCACUUCCUGGCUCUGCACCGUCUGAUUGGUCAACUGGGAGGAUACAGGCAGCACGGAGCCAAAGAAAAGUGAACAGAACUGAAAACAAAAAAUGAGUGCUUGAUAAGUAAAAGCAAUGUUUGCGGGUCAGAUAUAUUUGCCUUUUUUUUUCUUCGAAUAAUUCAUUAGCCUUUUUUUUUUUUAACCUUUUUAUUGGGCGGUCUGUCAAGUGACUCUUCCUCCUCUUCUUCGUCGUCAUCUCCCUCACUGGGCAACCGUGCCCUGUGAUUGGUAGAACAAGAUGCCGUGACAGGCUCAUGAGACGGCCCAGCAAGAUCACUGGUCUCCAUGGCGAUAAGAUAUGAGUCCAUAUCAUCACUCAUGAAGUCGUCUGGUUCGGGCUGGGCCUGGGGUCUGAGAGAGAGAAGAACAGAGCACGCUCAACCUCAACACCACUGUUUACACUGACAAUAAUAGGCAAAUAAAUGUUCAGUGCAUUAA